AUGGCGGCGCAGGUUAUGCCCAGUAUACGGGUGACGACGGACACAGCAGCAGGAGCAGGUAGCAGGGACGCUGCGCGGUCGUUGGAAAGGCUGGAUACGGGGAAGAGUGCGAAGAGUGAGGGACUACAACAAUCGACGUCGAAUAGCGGGAAGCUUGCGGCCAAGCUACGAAGCCCCAUCUCCACGACCUCGUCAUCCUACUCCGCGACGAACCUGAGCAAUAACAAUGCGAGCCCCGAGCAACAGCAGCAGCUACAGCCGAAUGGCGGUGCAGGAGGCAGCAGUAAUUAUGGGGACGAUGAGUUGCAGACUCAAAAUACGAUGGAUCCGCUCUCGCAACAAAUCCUGCAACGUACGAAUACGUCUCUCACGGCGCAAAAGCUGCGCAUCCAGGCGGAUAACGCAGCAGCUGCUGCUGCCGCUGCUGCGUCGGGCCAAUCGCCCACCGCGUCUCCAAACGACGGCUCGAGACCCUCGGACUCGAAACACCCGCCAGAUUCGGCGAGGGACAGAGAUGGCGGAUCGAAGGAUAAGAACGAGAAGAAGAAGGGCGUAUCGUUCCUCAGUCGCUUCAUUGGCGUCAACAAGAGAAAAGGGACUGACGACGGCGUUGGCGAGGAUGCAUCUGAGAUCGGCGAGCCCAGGCAAGAAGGCAUGGACGCCCAGCUAUUCAGCCAUACGGUCGACAACGUGGGUUUCCGUCCCAAGCACCAGCAGCCUCCGACGUAUAUCAAGGUGAGGUCCAAGUUCAAGAAACAGAAAGAGUUCGACAGGCUGUUCCUCGCGCAAGAAUUGAGAGCAGGCGCGGACAAGAAAGCGCCGCCAGAGGCCGGAGCCAAUCCUGCACCGCAGUCUGGGGCCGCCGCGAAGAGCAAUCCGAUUUGGGCGGUGGAGUUCAGCAAGGAUGGGAAGUAUCUUGCCGCUGGCGGCCAGGAUCGAAUCGUCCGCGUGUGGGCCGUGAUUGCGACGGCGGAGGAAAGGAGGGCCCAUGAGAACGACGAGUCUGGUGGAUCUACGUCGGAUGCUUCCACGCAUCUGAGUACCCCGGUCUUCCAGCAGAAAACGUUCAGAGAAUAUCAGGGCCAUGCGGGUGCCAUUUUGGACCUGAGUUGGAGCAAGAACAAUUUCUUGUUAUCCUCCUCCAUGGACAAGACAGUACGACUGUGGCACACUUCACGGAACGAGAAUCUGUGUACCUUCAAACACGCCGAUUUCGUUCCCUCGGUCCAAUUCCAUCCCCGGGACGACAGGUUCUUUCUAGCCGGUUCGUUGGAUACCAAAUUGCGAUUAUGGAGCAUUCCCGACAAGAGUGUAGCAUUCUGGACGCAGUGCAAUGAUAUGGUCACCUCUGUGGCCUUUACUCCCGACGGAAAGACCUGCAUCGCCGGCACGCUCGGGGGCAUCUGUAUGUUCUACGAUACAGAGGGAUUGAAGUUCCAAGCGCAAAUGCAUGUUAAGUCGACACGAGGACAGAAUGCAAAAGGAAGCAAGAUCACCGGGAUACAAGCUCUGCAUUGGCCUCCCGGAAAGGAGAAGGGGGAGGUGAAGCUAUUGAUUUCGAGCAACGACUCACGUUUGCGACUCUACAAUCUUCGAGACAAGGCCUUGGAGAUGAAAUUCCGUGGCCACGAGAAUAACUGUAGUCAGAUUAAGGCACGCGUCGCGGAUGAUACAGGCCAUAUCAUUUGCGGCAGCGAGGAUCGCAAGGCGUACAUUUGGUCGACGAGUUUACCAGAGGGCGAGAAGAAGAAUCAGCGUCCGGUGGAGAUGUUCGAAGCACACAAUUCGAUCACUACAUGUGCUACGAUGGCGCCGCUGAAGACGAGGCAGCUCCUCAGCGCAUCCGAGGACCCUAUCUUCGACCUUUGCAACCCUCCACCCGUCACUCUUAUCUCCAAGACCACGUCGGUGUAUUCGUCCAAAGCGCCAACCGAAGUCGAUUCGGCGCAGCCACCAUUGUCUGCUCAGACUGACACGUUCAAACGAGCGGCCGAGAGCCCAGCCUACCUUGCACGAUCUGCUCAUUUAGAUGGUAAUAUCAUCGUCACAGCAGACUACACAGGUGCUCUGAAGGUAUUCCGGCAAGACUGUGCAUACCACAAGAGACUACGCUCCAUUGAGAACUGGGACAAUGCAUCUGUCUUCUCGAAGAAGGCGAAUUCGCUGCGACCAAGCAGCAUCCUAUCACACCGAACAGGUCGAUCACGAAGAGACAGCAUCACUACACAACCACCAAAUGACCGGAUCAUGUCGUGGCGGCAAGAUAUCUCUCACGGUAGUUUCGACGCCAUGUCCAUCGGUACCCCACGAAGAAGCCACCAUCGAAGCGUAUCACCACGUAAAUCCCACCGUAUGAGCAUCUCAUCGCAGACACGGCCUCACGAGUCACCAGCACUAGGGGCAUCAAAAGGAGACGGCUCUUCGGAGUCACCCAAAACAUCUGGAUCAAUCGAUCGCACAGCACACGCACCACCACCGCAAGUAAUCCUCAACGACAACGAACACGACAACGCCCUCCAAUCACCCACAACUCCCCUAUCCGCCACGGCCACGCACUUCGACCCCGUCAAACCCAUCGACCUCAACCGCCAAGAAACGCUCUCCAACCCGCUCCAGAUCUUCAAUGGCCAAUCCUGGGCCUUCUGGAACAACAACGGCAUGAUGCGCCAGCGAGCCGCCGCUGGAAAGCUCUCCCCCUCCGACGCCGCCGACCAGCGACCGGAACUUACGGCCCGAGCGAGCGUCGUCAGCCAGCUCAGCAGCGAGCUCAGCGCCGAGAACAGCGAGAACGAGGAAGGGCACGGCCGCGAGUUGCACUGCGAGCACUGCGGGAAUGUGGAGUUCAAGACGAAGCCAAUCAAGGGGUCGGGCGGGAACCUCGUCGUGGGUACGUUCUGCGCGAGGUGCGGGAUGAUUGUCGAGGGGUCUGAGAGAAAGUCGGGAAGAUGA